AAACGACACCGUUGAUGGCUUGAGGAGAUCGCAUUUUCUAGUCGAGGACUCGAGGCAUAGAGUCUCUUGAAACUUGAAAGAGGAUCGAGACAUAAAGUAAACGCAGAUAGCGUAGAUCGGUGUGGUUAGGGUUUCUUUUCCAAAGAGCAUGGCGUCAGGAGCAGGAAGCUCAAUGCUAUAUUCUUUUCUUCUAUUCACAGUAAUUCUUUCACUUCAAGAGAUGUAUCGCUCUAAAUUGGCCUCCACCGAGUUAUUUACCAUCCUUGGUGGAUUCAUCAGCUCUCUCUUGUUUCUUGUCCUCCUCACUUUAAUUGGGAAUUUUCAGGAAACAUGUGGCAUGAAGACUGGGUGGGGUGCUGUCAUCUUAGCUGAAGCUGUUGCUCUAAUUGCUGCUGGCACCGUGCAUCGUGUUUGCAUCACUACAUGUUUCUUGUUCUCUGCUGGUCUACUGUAUGAGGUCAACAAGCUUUCUGGGCUGACACUUUCUAAAAGUGAUUCCAAAACAAGAAGGUACUGAGGGCAUGUCACAGUUUAGUAACGUAUUGAUAUGUUGUUCCGAAGCUCUCUUAUUUUGUCAGCUCAAGUCUUUGUGAGAUGUAUCAGGAUUUCAUCAACUUUUCAAACUAUGAAAAUAGGUCACCUGUAGGGUGCCAACGUAUGUGAAGGAACAUCUCUCUGUGGUUUCUUCGAGGGAAAAGAUAGUAGAAUUUUGUUCUGAGAUUUUCAA